GCUCCCUUACAUUUACAGACACAUUAAGAGAGAGAUCAUGGCUGGCUGGCCUUGUUUCCUUGUUAUUUUCUUGACUGUUCUUGUUUCAGCUCCUGCUUUUCCUUCCCAGAAUGUGAAGGGUCAUCAGCAAAUUGCUCAAAACAAGGAAGGCAGACCUUUGGAAAUGAAAGUUGAUACAAAUGAUGCAGAAUUCCAAGCCAUCGUAGCCCUCGCUAUACAGGAAUUUAGCAAGAAGUCUGCAUUCAUCUACGACAUUGUUCAGUAUCUGACUGUCGAUGUAAAGGUAUUUGAAGGAGUCCUAUACGUUUUUGAUAUUGUUUUGGGGAAAACUAAUUGUCCAGUUAUUAAUCGGGGGAAGCCAGAUGAAAACUGCCAAAUAAUUCGGGCUGAAGGACAGUCAGAGUUCUACCUGUGUCACUUCAUCGUUUGGAAAUGUCCUUAUUCUGAAAAGAAAAAGAUCUUACUCAGUAAUUGCAAGAUACUUGACCUGUAAUGCCUCUAGAUCAGAUUUCUACUGACCUCUAACGAUUUUCUGUGCCU